GAAGGGUCUAGGGGGAGAAGGCGCGGGCCUAGGUUGGAGUCCUUCAGGCGGCUGCACCGCCGACAUGACGUGCUGUCACAAAGUAAUGCUGCUGUUGGAUACCGCCGGCGGCGCCGCUCGCCACAGCAGGGUCCGGCGGGCCGCCCUGCGCCUCCUAACCUACCUGAGCUGCCGAUUCGGCCUCGCUGGCAUCCACUGGGCCUUCAAGUUUUUUGACUCGCAGGGGGCGCGGAGCCGGCCUUCCCGGGUGUCUGACUUCCGUGAGAUGGGGGUUCGCUCGUGGGAGGACUUCGAGGAAGAGCUGGAGGCCAGGCUGGAGGAUCGCGCCCACCUGCCCGGCCCUGCGCCCAGGGCCUCCCACACGCACAGCGCCCUGAUGGAGACGCUGCUGGACUACCAGUGGGACCGGCCCGAGAUCACGUCGCCCACGAAGCCGAUCCUGCGGAGCUCCGGGAGGAGACUGCUGGACGUGGAGAGCGAGGCCAAGGAGGCCGAGGCUGUGCUCCGGGGCUUUGUGAAUGCCGUCUUCCUCCUGGCCCCCUGCCCACAUUCGCAGAGGGAGCUGCUGCAGUUCGUGUCCGGGUGCGAGGCCCAGGCCCAUCCCCUGCCGCCAACCCCUAAGCAGGUGAUGGAGAAGUUGUUGCCCAAGAGAGUCCAGGAAGUCAUGAUCGCCCGAAAAAUCACCUUGUACUGGGUGGAUACCACCGAAUGGUCUAAGUUGUGGGAAUCCCCAGAUCACCUUGGGUACUGGACAGUUUGUGAACUGCUCCACCUUAGAGGAGGUACCGUCUUGCCAUCUGAAUCGUUCACCCAGGAUUUUACUAAAGCUAGGGAAAUACUGCUCAUGGGUGAAAGAAAGCUGUCAAGUGAACCUCACUUCUCUCCAUGGAUUUCAACUCUGCCAAGUGAUGCUACCUUAAACCGCUUGCUCUAUAAUUCUCCUGGGUAUGAAGACUCAUUUCCAAGAAUAGAAGGAACAUUAUUUCUCCCUGUUGAAAGCAAAGAGAUUAGAGAAACAUGGACAGUCACCCUAGAGCCCUUGGCUAUGCAUCAGAGACAUUUUCAGAAACCAGUCAGAAUUUUUCUAAAAGGCUCAGUGUCUCAGUGGUCUCUCCCAAUGAGCAGCACUUUUGGGACUGACAGCUGGAUGCUACAAAGUUCAGAGGAGAACACAUCAAAUCAAAAGCUGUUAUUUCAGCAGCUGGUAAGCAGGCUCACUGCUGAAGAGUUACAUCUGGUUGCUGAUGUAGAUCAUGGUGAAGGCUGGCCCCCUGUCACUGGAGUUAUUUCCCCGCUCUCUGCCAAUGCUACAGUUCUCACCAUGUUCCGCACAGAGGAGACUCACUUUCAAAGACAUUUUCAUCAAACAUCUGUGGUCCAGGGCCCUCAGGAUACAGCUUCCCUCUUCUCAGGUGUUAUGGAUUGUGUCUUGAAUCAGAUUGAUAAUUCACUUGAAGAUCUUGCUACUUCUGCUCCUACUGUUCCAGAGUGGGCCCAGGAGGAGAUCCAUCGCACUAUUCCCUGGAGUCCAGCUGUUGUGGAGAAGUGGUUUCCUUUCUCUAAUAUCAGUGGUGCCAGUUCAGAUUUGAUGGAGUCAUUUUGGUUACUACAGGCUGCUCCAGCUGAUAAGGAAGAGUCUUCCAAAACUGAAAAUGAAUUAACACAUUACCUUUCCGAGUUCUACCAGAGAAAAUCUCGUGAAGAAUCCACUGUAGCUAAUCAAGAAGACAGCAAAAAGAAACGAGGUGUCCCUUGUACUCCAGUGAGGCAGAAGAUGAGUGCCAUGUGCCGUUCCUUAAAGAUGUUGAAUGUUGCAAGGCUGAAUGUAAAGGCUCAAAAGUUACUACCGGAUGGCAGCCCUGAUGUGGCUGGGGAGAAGGGGAUCCAAAAAAUCGCCAGUGGAAGGACAACAGAUAAAUUGGAAGACAGAAGAAGAACACUAAGAAGUUCUAAACCUAAAGAUUUCAAAACUGAAGAAGAGCUACUAUCUUACAUACAUGAAGAUUACCAAAAGGCUGUGGCCACAGGGGAAAUCAAGCUGUAUUCAUGUGCUCAGAACAUGAUUUCAACUAUUAAAAUGUUCCUAAAAUCAAAAGGCACUGAAAAAUUAGAAGUAAACUGCCUGAAUCAAGUAAAAACUAACCUCUUAAAAACUAGCAAAAGUCUUCGACAGAAUCUACAAAAAAAACUGGAUAAGGAAGACAAAGUCAGAGAGUGCCAGCUUCAGGUGUUUCUUCGUUUGGAGAUGUGUCUGCAGUGCCCUUCAGUAUAUGAAAGUACAGAUGAUAUGGAACAGGUAGUAGAGGAGGUAACGGAUUUGCUGCGCAUGGUGUGUUUAACUGAGGACUCAGCAUAUCUAGCAAAGUUUCUGGAGGAAAUUUUGAGAUUGUAUAUUGACUUUAUCCCAAAGACACUUGGAACUCUUUACAACAGCCUAGGCUUUGAGAUUCCCCAGAAGUUGGCUGGUGUCCUUCCUCCAGACUUUUUCAGUGAUGACUCCAUGACACAAGAGAACAAAUCACCACUUCGUUCUGUGCCCUUUUUGUCAAGUGCUCAUAGAUCCGUGUCAGGCAGCACUGAAUCUGACCAACUGGAAGAGCUUCGUACCAGAUCAGCUAAAAAGAGAAGGAAAAAUGCAUUAAUAAGACAUAAAAGCAUUGCUGAGGUUUCACAGAAUCUUCGACAAAUUGAAAUUCCCAAGGUGUCCAAGAGAGCUAUAAAAAAAGAGAACUCUCACCCUGCUCUUCAGCAGCCUGCACACCCAGUGAAAGACGCAGUACAAGAAGUAACUAAAGUUCGAAGAAAUCUCUUCAACCAGGAAAUGCUUUCUCCUUCAAAGAGGACACUAAAGCAGGGGUUGCCUAGAAGCCAUUCUUUGUCAGCUGUGGAAGGUCUAGAGGAUAAACUUGACAAUUUCAAGAAGACUAAAGGUUAUCACAAACUGCUGACUAAGAAUGUGGCUGAGACUCCAGUACAUAAGCAAAUCUCCAGAAGACUGCUUCAAAGACAAAUCAAGGGCAGAUCCUCUGAUCCUGGUCCUAAUAUUGAUGUUGUUGAAGAGUCUCCUGAAAAGGGAGGUGAAAUAAGUUUGAGACGAAGUCCUCGAAUCAAGCAGUUGUCAUUUAGCAGGACAAAUUCUGGUUCCUUCUAUCCUGUAUCUCAGCCAAAGUCUCGAAGUGUGCAAAGAGUCCACUCAUUCCAGCAAGGCAAGUCAGAUCAAAGAGAAAAUUCUCCAGGCCAAAGUAUUCGCUCUCCCAGGAAGCUUCUUUUUGGGGCAGUGUCUGAGAUGAUCAGCCCUUCAGAGAAGGGUUCAGCCAAAAUUAAAAGGCCUUCAAGAAACAUUUUGGGUUCAGAGAUACCUACAGAUUACCAGACUCCCAAGAAGAGUUAUCAGAAAUCUCCAACCUUUGCUAAAACUACACCAAGAAGAUUCCAUCAUACACCACAAACUCCAGAAAGACUGCAAAAAUCCUCUGCAGAAAUGACACCUGCAAAGAAGUCAGCUUUUAAAGAAUCCUUAAAAACCUCCUCCUUACGUGGCUGUGAUUCACCACUGGAUUUAAAAAUCACUGCUCAAAAAAGGUACUCCCUGACAGGAGAAGGUGCCUUUCUUGAAAUGGAGGUGUCAAGAAGUCCUAGAGGGCAAGGUGCUCAGCCACCUGGGCUUAUGCUGAAUCGUACUUGGCCACACUCAGUGAAUUCCAGUCAAGAAAGGCCCUCCUGCCCAGCAUCUCCGACUCCACUGACUGCCCAACCUAGGAGUGAGUGUCUGACUCCCAUCAGAUACUCUCUCAGGACGCCUCCAAGAGCAGCAGCCUUCCUGACAACACCUGAGAAUCAAAAAUGUCAAAAGCCCUGGGUCCCCGGAGCUUCUGAGGCAGAGAGACCAGGCCAGAAACUAAAGGAUAAAGCUAUCGAAACCCCAAAGAGACCAGGGAAUACAACUAUCAUUUCUUCCCCACCUAUCACUCCAAAAAAACUAUUUACUUCUCCUUUAUAUGGUAUUUCCAAGAAGGGUCCAUUUAGGAAAACUUUGAUAGAGCCUUCUCUCCCUGGAGAACUGGAUGGGAAAGAGCCCUGGGUGUCAUCCAGGGUAGCUACAUCUGACACCAUCCCCCCGCCACCCCUUUCAAAAACUGGGAAGCAACGCAGAAAGACUUCUGAUCUUGAAAGGAGCUCCCUGGAGUGCCAGCCUGACACCUCUGCUACUCCUGGGGUUGGCACAGCUGACAGCCCCAUCGCCACCAUAGACUCUAUAAAGGACCAGAGAGGGGUAAGCCUGUCUCUUCAAUCUUCUCCUGAAAGACAGAGCCACCGAGGCACUGGUUUCAGGAAUGACUGGCAUGUGUCCUCUCCUUUACUCAUUACAAAUGAUACAGAGUAUCUUAGUCUCCUCAGUGAAGGGGAAUGCCAUGGCAGUGAUAACUUGAAAAGUAACAUCUCACCAGUAGAAGGUGAGGUGCUAAGGACGGUGGUUGCUGAUGAGAAGCUGUCUCUGUCUCACCAUGGAAUUCCUCCAUCUCUUCCUUCCUCUGGGCCUGAUUCACCUCUGAUGCCUUGCUAUGACCUGCGCUAUACUGCAGACAGAAGCCAGCGCCAGGCUGCAGCACAACUGGAAAACCCACAGGCAUCAGCUUGGCAUUCCAGAGCAUCUGCCAGCUCGCAGACCUAUGAGGUUGAGCUGGAGAUGCAAGCAUCUGGCCUUCUCAAGCUUCGAUUUAAAAAGAUAGACCCCAGCUCUUUGUUAGAAGCCCAGGCCAUAAGACAGGAGGAGAGCUCUCUAGAAGGCGAGAGCUUCUGCCCAGGUCACAGCAUGCCUAGGGGCGGCAGGACCUCAGGCAAACCCGAGCCCACCUACAUGUUACCACCUUGCCUCCACCCCUCCCACAGCACGCCAGGCAAGAGUGGAGGGCAGACCUACAUCUGCCAGUCCUGUACCCCCACCAGCUGCCCCUCUAGUACUCCUUCUCCCUUUCAAACAGACAUUGGGGUUCCUUGGACACCAUCCCCCAAGCACAAUGGGAAAACAACUCCUGACACAAUUAAAGACUGGCCCAGGAAGAAGAGGGCAGUAGGCUGCAACGCUGGGUCCUCCACUGGGUGGGGUGAGGUCAGUACAGACCAUCCUGGGAGCCUGUCCCUGUUGGAGCCUGAGGGAAAGGAGCGAGGCCUUGAACUUAGCAUCCAUAAGACUCCCAUCUUAGAGGAUUUUGAGCUUGAAGGUGUGUGUCAGCUGCCAGACCAGUCACCCCCCAGGAGCAGUGUGCCUAAGGCUGAGGAAGCUUUCUCCUGGGGACAGUUUGGGUUGAGUUCCAGGAAGAGAAUCCUGUCUGUCAAGGAAGAAGCUGAGUGUGGAGCUAAAAGACUCUGUGAUAACCUAAGAGAAGACUCAGAAGUUAGUAAGAAUGAAGAGAGGUCUCCAAGUAUGCAGCAGCUCCCCUCCACGGGAGACAAUGAGGUGUUUAUUUCUGGUUCCACCCCACCUCGUGGCUGUGCCAUGCGGAGCUGCCUCUCUGCCAGUGGUCUCCAGGCUCUGACCCAGUCUCCGCUGCUGUUCCAGGGGAGGACACCUUCCUCUCAGUGCAAAGACCACAGAGAUGAGGAUAGGGAUGUAUUUCCCUCCACUUCAGAAGAAUCUCCUUUCAGCCGAGCAUUCUCCAGGAGACGCCCUAUCAGCAGAACUUACUCACGGAAGAAGCUCAUUAGCUAGUUGUAACCUGUUGGAGGACUUGCAACUACACACACUACUGGACUCAAAAGAUGAAGGUGAAAUCAGCCAGGACUCCAUGGGGAUAAAUAAAUUGGAGGCCUGUUCUCAAGCCUCUUUUACCAUGAUCAGCUUUCAGAUUCCCAAUAGAAUGCCUUCAGGUUUUCUAAUUCCCUUCAUGGAAUCCAUCCACCGCCAGGCCCUGCCCCUUGUCACUGGGAAUGUUGGUGGUGAGGCAGAGGGCAGGAUAGCUAAUAUUAUAACCCAGGCCCUGGACAUCAGGAAACCAGACAAGGAAUUCCAUUCCUUGGAAGACUGGAAUUCCAUUCUAGCCCUAUACCAAGCAACCUUGGCUGCUUUGUCCCCUGCUUAUGAAAAUGGAGAAAAGAACCCUUAGGGUCCUGUACAGGGCUGCUGUAAGUCUGGGAUACUACAACAUGGGCAGUGUUUUGUAAACUCUGAAACCCCUACAUGAAACUGAAGGCUGCAGUGGGUAGCAGAAGACAUUUUUUUGCAUUCCCCAUGUAAUAAUAAAACCAUCUCUGGCUCCUCAGCAUUCAGUGUAUUUGUUCAAUGUUCCAGCCUAACCCUAAAUGACCGUGGCCCAGCCAUAUUUUCAGGGUCUGCCCUGAGAGUCAGCCAGUGCACUGCACACUCCUUGUCUAUUCAUGGGGAAUAGUUCAUGGUUUCCAGCUAGAGUUCCUCACAGACCAGCAGGGCCAGCCAACCACA